GCGGUGGCGUCAGAGUCCCUGGAAUGGCGGAGACUCUGUCGGGUUUAGGAGAUUCGGGUGCGGCGGGAGCAGCGUCUCUGAGCUCCGCUUCGUCGGAGGCCGGGACGCGGCGGCUCAGCGACCUCCGGGUGAUUGACCUGCGGGCGGAGCUGAGGAAGCGGAACCUGGACUCGAGCGGUAACAAGAGCUUUUUGAUGGAGCGGCUGAGAAAGGCAAUUGAAGAUGAAGGUGGCAAUCCUGAUGAAAUCGAAAUUACCUCCGAAGGGAACAAGAAAGCAUCAAAAAGAUCCAGCAAAGGGCGGAAAGCCGAAGAGGAGGGUGUGGAAGAUAACGGGCUGGAGGACAACUCUGGAGAUGGUCAGGAGGAUGUGGAAACUAGUUUGGAGAACUUGCAGGACAUCGACAUGAUGGACAUCAGUGUUCUAGAUGAAGCCGAAAUUGACAACGGCAGCGUUGCUGACUGUGUGGAAGAGGAAGAUGCCGACAACCUCCCAGAGUCGCUGUGUGACAACAGAGAGCUGGCAGAGGGGGAGAUGAGAGAGCUUCCAGAGCAGCUUCAAGAACAUGCUGCAGAUGACAAGGAGUCAAUGAACAAUUUAGAUACGUCAUCGCCUGACUUCACUAUGCUACAGGAAAUGGAAGAGCCAUCUCUGGAGCCAGAAAAUGAGAAAAUACUCGACAUUUUGGGGGAAACUUGUAAAUCUGAGCCAGUAAAAGAAGAAGGUUCCGAGCUGGAGCAGCCAUUUGCACAGGAUACAAGUAGCGUGGGGCCAGACAGAAAGCUGGCGGAGGAAGAGGACCUUUUUGGCAGCGCCCAUCCGGAAGAGGAGGAGGAGGAAGAGCUUGAGGAGGAGGAGGAGGAGGAGGAGGGAGAUUUAGCAGUGGCCCACGAGUCACCGCACGCUCAGUGGAGCGUGGCAGACACCCUGUUAGCGGUAGUGAAAAGGGAGCCCGCGGAGCAGACAGGAGGCGAAGGCGCGAGGACGGACUGUGAGCCUGUAGGGCAGGAGAAGCCAGUUGAGCAGAGUAGCGCGGCCCCCGAGCUGGCGGAGGCCUCUAGCCAGGAGCUGGCAGAAGCGCCCACGGAAGCCCCGAGCCCCGAGCCCAGAGAUAGCAAAGAAGACGUGAAGAAGUUUGAGUUUGAAGCUUGUAAUGAAGUCCCUCCGGCUCCUAAAGAGUCCUCAACCAGUGAGGGCGCUGAUCAGAAAAUGAGUUCUGUGGAAGAUGACUCAGACACAAAGAGGCUCUCCCGAGAGGAAAAGGGUCGUAGCAGUUGUGGUAGGAAUUUCUGGGUUAGUGGACUUUCUUCUACAACCAGAGCCACAGAUUUGAAGAAUCUUUUCAGCAAAUAUGGGAAGGUGGUGGGUGCCAAGGUUGUGACAAAUGCUCGGAGCCCUGGAGCUCGUUGUUACGGCUUCGUCACCAUGUCCACAGCGGAAGAGGCCACCAAGUGCAUCAGCCACCUCCACAAGACAGAGCUGCACGGGAAGAUGAUCUCAGUGGAGAAGGCCAAAAAUGAACCUGCUGGCAAGAAAACUUCUGACAAGAGAGACGGGGAGGGCAAGAAGGAGAAGUUGAGCGCUGGGGACAGGUCUGCAAACGCAAAGAAAGAUGAUAAAGCUGAGAGAAAAGAUGAUGCCAAAAAAGGGGAAGACAUAAGUGGAGAAAAGAGCAAAGACCCAGAGGAACAGAAAGCCGGCCUCUCUGAGAGGACUCGAGCCACAAAAUCAGGAAGCCGAGGCAACGAGCGCACCGUGGUCAUGGACAAAUCCAAAGGUGUGCCCGUCAUCAGUGUGAAGAUGUCGGCCUCCAAGGAGCGGGUGUCCAAAAGCCAGGACCGCAAGUCAGCCAGCAGAGAGAAGCGGUCUGUUGUGUCCUUCGACAAAGCCAAAGAGCCUCGAAAGUCCAGAGACUCAGAGUCCCGGAGGGAGCGGGAGCGCAGCGAGCGGGAGCAGCGUCUGCAGGCGCAGUGGGAACGCGAGCGCGAGGAGCGCGAGCGGCUGGAGAUCGCCCGGGAGAGGCUGGCUUUCCACCGGCACAGGCUGGAGCGAGAGCGCAUGGAGCGGGAGCGGCUGGAGCGGGAACGCAUGCGGGUGGAGCAGGAGCGCCGGCGCGAGCAGGAGCGCAUCCACCGUGAGCGUGAGGAGCUGCGGCGCCAGCAGGAGCUGCGGUAUGAGCAGGAGCGGCGGCCCGCGGUGCGCAGGCCCUACGACGUGGACGGCCGGCGAGAGGAGGCCUACUGGCCAGAAGCCAAGCGGGCAGCACUGGACGAGCGCUACCACUCAGACUUCAGCCGACAGGAGCGCUUCCACGACUUCGACCACCGGGAACGGGGCCGCUACCCCAACUACUCUGUGGACAGGAGAGAAGGUUCCAGGUCAAUGAUGGGAGAAAGAGAAGGGCAGCAUUACCCAGAGCGCCACGGUGGACCCGAGCGCCACGGCCGGGACUCGCGGGACGGCUGGGGCUAUGGCUCAGACAAGAGGAUGAGCGAAGGCCGGGGGCUGCCCCCACCCCCGAGGGGCAGACGUGAAUGGGGAGAGCACGGCCGGAGGCUGGAGGAUGACCGUGUGUGGCAGGGGGCGGCUGAAGGGGGCAUGAUGGAGCGUGACCACAAGAGGUGGCAAGGUGGAGAGAGGAGCAUGUCCGGUCACUCGGGGCCUGGCCACCUGAUGAACCGGGGCGGCAUGUCAGAGCGCGGCGGCUUUGCCCCAGGCAGGGCCUCCCGGGGCCACGUGAUCCCACGUGGAGGGAUGCAAGGCGGCUUCGGGGGCCAGAGCCGGGGGAGCAGACCCAGCGAUGCCCGCUUCACCCGCCGCUACUGAGCACUUCCGGCCCGCGCCCACCCCGUCCAGACUGCGUUCUCCUAGAUCCCCUCCAGACACCGUGUACAAAUAAUUUUUUUAUCUGCUGCCAUAUUGUAGCUCGAUACAAUGUGAAUGUUUGUUUUUGUUCUUCAGUUUUUUUGUAAUAAAGUUGUUUCUGUUCA